UUGCAGGCAUGACAGAACUGGUCCAGCAGAUUUCUUUGACUGAAGACGACUGAUACUGGAAUGGCCAGUGACUUUGUUCUCUGAUGUUCUACUGCAUCCUUUAACCAUUGACUGUAUUUCCCAUUUUGGACCACUCAAGGGAACUGGUCGCACUUUCAGACCUCCCACUUGCACACAGACCAAGGAGAGCGGGAAGACUUUCUGGGAGAAACAAUUUCCUCUUUCUACCAAUCUGCUCUAUGAGUGUCAAAUUGGGGCAGGACUGACUUGGGCUUUGGAGCACCAACUGGACCCUCCGAAAGGUCCUCCUGCAAGGCAGACUGGCCUGAGCUGCUGGUACUUGUGCCUUUGGCCUCCAGACAGCCUCAGGGUCAAUGACCAGCUCACUGCUGCAGCUGUACUUCUGAAGUGCCAGCCUUUUGAGUGGCUUGUGGGACACCAAGGAGAAGAUGCUGGACCUCAGUUUUCUGACCGAGGAAGAGUAUGGCAAGCUGAUGAGAGUGCUGCAGAGAGAUGCAGAGCUCAAGAAAAAGGAUAGUGAUCGGAUCAGACGCUUGCAAGACUCGCUGAAGGAUGAGACGAAAAAGAAGUUUGUGACCGGUGAAUGGUUUCACGAAGCGAAGGCACAGCGUUUCCAAGAGAAUUUAGAAGGCUCCGAUCUACUGCGAGCUUCGAUUAAAAAGAAAAGAAGCAGUUCUGACUAUGCAGAGAAUGAACCCAUGCCAAGAAUUGUGGAAGGUGGACAGGCAGCAUUCGCAACAGAUGCAGCUGUUUCGUCUUCCCCUCCAUCAGAAGAAGGAAGGUUGUAUGAACCUGGUUCGGAUUCAGCAGAAGGGCACGUCUUCAGGUCAAAGCCAAGAGUGAAAUUGUCUGCCCUGCCCUCCUCUUUAGAAAAGAAAUCCAGUGUAGAAGAUGUAUCUCCAGCAGACAGUGGUGUUGUGGUCAGUCCAUUCUUGGCUACAAGAGAAAACUCAGAAGUUGGCUAUGAAAUGUCACCAGUGAGCUCCACCAAGCUUUUUGAUGAGUUCUCUUACUCAGUGGGGGAUUCUGUUUCUAAAGUUGCAGAGGAUGUGCCUGAUACUGUUACAGAAAGCAGAGGAUUUCAGCCAGCCCUGCAGAAAGAAUUCAACACACCUAGCAGAAUACCAGUUAACAGAAGAUUGAGCAAACCAUUAUUCUCUCCCAAUAUCAGCAUCAAGGAUGGAGCUAAGACAUCUGGGUCUGGUUUAGAAAAGACAGAACCCUUGAAGAUUUUCAAAUUCCCACCUCUAGGAGAGGAAAACGGUCCUCCACGGAAACCAGAUGCCAAUUACAUUAUCAUCUCAUCAAUGAAUAACAAAGAGGAGGAAAUUGGUGUAGACCGUGCACACUUCAAGAACUUGAAAAACUUUUGGGAGAAAGGAGGCGAGUCUCUCUUGGCUACCGAUACAGUAGAAAAAUUAGUGGAGAAGGCCAACCCCACAGAGGUCAAUGGGAGGCCAUCCAGAUUGAACCAGCCCCUCUCAGUCCAGUCCCAUCAAGGCCAGACGAGUGAUGACAAGCUUAGUUCCAACGUGCACCCUAAAACCAGAAUCCUCUACAACAAAUCAGUGACCUUGUCUUCCAGUGAAGAUGAGCCUGUUUAUGCCACCCCACCAAGGAAAGGGUCGGGCUCAUAUAUCCCCAGAUCCACGUAUGGUAGAAGCAAAGGAUCAAUGGGAAGUCGAAAUAAUCUAAGUGAUGGGAAUGGGAAACAGUCUUCCAUGGAAGAAGAAAGGAAAGUGCAGCGUUCCAGCAAGAGGUCUAAAUUACCUGUUCGGGUACCUUCGGUCAAAAUAGAGAUCCCAAUCAAAGAACCGACAGGGAUCCUUUUUGAGCCCGAAACUCCCACUGAUGAGUUUGUCAUGACCGAAGAAAACAAACAUAAGACCGAUUCCUUGGCAGGGAGGGUUCAGAUCCUGAUCGAGUCCGUACCUUCAGAGGAGAUGGAUCCAGAUGCUGAUGUAGAAAGAUGCUCUGACUUGGAUGAUCUGGAAACCAGUGAGAUCCUGGAUGAAACUGAACUCUGUAGUUUUAUGGAGGACCUUCCAGAAGAUGAAGCUGAUGAUGAAAAUCAAGGUACUCAAGAGCUGGAAAAACAAGUGCCUUCAGAAGGAGAGGUCCCGCACGUUCCUGUUUUCAAGAAGAUAAGACGCGCCAAUGGCUGCAGCCUUGCAAAAAGCAUGGUGAACCUUUACACAACCACUGAAACCUAUACGAAGCCUCAGGUGUUAAGUCAUCAGUAUCUUGAGCCUGAAAGAGCCAAAGAUCUCAGCAGAUCUUCUUUCCUCCUCUCUGAGACAGAAUCAGACACAGCUUCAGAAAUCAGCUUCCAGUUCAAUAGGCACAAGAAGACAUCAAGUGUGGGCAGCCAUUCUUCUGACAUGGCUUCUGUUUCUUCGGUGAGUGGCAGUGUCCUCAGUGUGUACAGUGGUGAUUUUGGGAGCGUCGAUGCUCAGGGGCUAGUCCAAUUUGCCUUGGAUUAUGAUGAGAAGAACCAAGAGUUCCAAAUUUUCGUGUCCCAGUGCAAAGACUUGGCCAUUGUGGAUGAAAAGAAAGGGAGGACAGACCCAUACGUGAAAACCUACCUGCUUCCAGAUAAGGCACGGAUGGGCAAGAGGAAGACAUCAGUGAAGAAGAGAACCGUCAGCCCCGUUUACAACGAGGUGUUGCGGUAUAAAAUACAGAAAAUGGUUUUGCUGAUUCAAAAGUUGAACCUCUCCGUGUGGCACAACGAUCCUUUGGGGCGGAACAGUUUCUUAGGCGAGAUGGAAAUUGACUUGGCCAGCUGGGACUGGAGGAACAACAAAUUAAAUUGGUACAUGCUCAAACCACGGAGCCUCUCAGCCAUCAAUAGCGCUGACCAUCGAGGGGCGAUGAACCUUUCCAUCAAAUAUGUGCCACCAGGAAGUCUAGGCCGAAAAAUUCCUCCAUCUGGAGAGGUUCAUAUCUGGGUGAAGGAUACCAAAGAUCUCCCACAGUUACGCCCUUCUGGAGUGGAUUCCUUUGUGAAAUGCUAUGUUCUUCCAGACACCAGCAAGAAAAGUUAUCAAAAAACCCGAAUUGUCAAGAGAGACUCCAACCCUAUCUUCAACCACACCAUUGUAUACGAUGGCUUUCACACAGAAGAUCUGAAAGACGCUUGUGUGGAACUGACUGUCUGGGAUCAUGAAAAACUAACCAAUCAUUUUCUCGGUGGGAUCCGACUAGGACUUGGGACCGGCUUCAGUUAUGGAAUUGCUGUCGACUGGAUGGAUUCCACACAAGAGGAAGUAGCCUUCUGGCAGGAAAUGAUGUCAAUGCCCAAUGAAUGGAUCGAAGGCUCGAUCCCCUUGCGCUCCUUGGCUGGGAGAAGCAAGCUGAAGUGACACGUCUGGCGUUCAGCUACGUGGCAGAAAGCACAGAAGCCAACUUUGGUUUGCUGUCAGGUACUGAAUCCCUCUGCAUAAAAAUGCAGAAGCUACUUCAAGGGAGCCAAAAAUUAAGGAUGACACUGAUCCAAAGGAAGAUUUGCAGAGGAACGGUCUAGCGUCACACCUUGCUUUAACUCACAAGGCAUGGGAGAGCUACUCCACCUCUCUGGGGUACUGAUGUUCUUUGACUUAGAGCUACAAGGCAGGACUGAAGAGGUGGAGAUAUGGGGUGGGGGAGUUCAAUUACUAAUGCAACAUUUUGCUUUCCUGUGCAUGGGAAGCUGAACUAGAACUGUGGCUAGCAGAAGCCCCCACCAACAAACUCGCCGUGCACAUUUUAAAAACUCUACUGGGAAGAAGCUGUUGGUGAUAAAUGACUUUAUUCCGAGCCAAAGGAGGAGACCAAGUCUAGGUGAUGCUCAAGAGCAGGGAUAGAACCAUAGACUUUAAUGAGUCCUUGAAGACCUCGUAGGCCAAACUUUGCUUGUUGCAGGAAACAAGAUGAAAACAUCCCUGAUAGAUGGCCGUCCAGCCUCACCUUGGACGUUUCCAAUGAUGAGGAAAUCUCUGGGUAAUGGUUUCUACUGCUCUUUACUAUUAUGAAGCUUUUUCUGAAAUUCAGUCAGAAUCGGCCUUCCAUGAUUCCAUGUCUAGCCCUCGGGAACUGAGAGAACAAGCCAUUCAUCUGUCAGAGCUCCUGACAACUGGUGGACAUUUGCUUUGGUAAGUAAGUGAAGGGAUGAUGAGGCUUAUACGAGAGACUGAGGAAGUUGGAGAGGAAAACAGAGACUGGAUGCCCUCCUCUUUACAGGAUUCUAACUUUACACUUGCAAUUUAAAUCAGAAUAUCCCUUUGCAGGAUGGUUUCCAUUUUUAAUUCAAAGCUAAAGGUAGCCUUUCAGCAGGCUGGUUUUUUAAUGCAUUGACUGUGAUAAAUCUGCUCAUCAUUGCACUCAUGACUUUGUCCCACCAGGAAACUCUUCCAUGAAUGGCCACCCUCUGCUGGUCAUUAUUUUUAAGCACGCUAUUUACCUUUCAUGCUCUCUGACCUGUUUACUAUUCCUCUCUCCCCUACAACCCAGCCUUACAAACUGUGGGUAUCUAAAAAGACUUUUCUUGGGAUAAUACUUUAUGCAUCUGAUGAAAUGGACUAUAGUCCACAAAACUUCGUGCCAUAAUAAAUGCAUUAGUCUUUAAGAUGCCAAAAGAGUCUUGGUUGUUUU